UAUCUUGAUACACAUCAGAGGUUGCACACGGGUGGGAAGCUGUAUUCCUGUGCUGAGUGUGGGAAAUGUUUUUCAGCAAGGUCAAAUCUUCUCAGACAUCAGAAGUUUCACAUGUGUGCGAAGCUGUGUUCCUGUCCUGAGUGCGGGAAAUGUUUUGUACAGGAAUCAGAACUUGUUAAACAUCAGAUUUCUCACACAGGUGAGAAGCCGUAUUCAUGUUCUGAGUGUGGGAAAUGUUUUUCAACAAAGUCACUUCUUGUCAGACAUCAGAGGUCACACACGGGUGAGAAGCCGUAUUCCUGUCCUGAGUGUGGGAAAUGUUUUGAACAAAAAUCUAAAAUUGUCAGACAUCAGAGGACUCACACAGGUGAGAAGCCGUAUUCCUGUCCUGAGUGUGGGAAAUGUUUUGAACAAAAAUCAAAACUUGUCAGACAUCAGAGGACUCACACAGGUGAGAAGCCAUAUUCCUGUCCUGAGUGCGGAAAAUGUUUUUCAGUUAAGUCGAAUCUUGACACACAUCAAAGAUCUCACACGGGUGAGAAGCCGCAUUCCUGUCCUAAGUGCGGAAAAAGUUUUUCACACAAGUCCAAUUUUUCAAGACAUCAGAGAUUGCACAUGGAGGAGAAGCCGUAGUCCUGUCCUGAGUGAGGGAAAUGUUUUUCACAGAAGUCCCAU